AUGAAUAAAUCUGAUAGAGGAUUUGAGGAGAGAUAUUCCGCUUGCUUCACUGACUUCGCACUCAAAACUGCAACAGGCCUCCUCAUCGGUAGUAUGUUCGGGGGCUUCUUCCUUCGUGGCUACAAGCGGUGGCCAAUGUACAUUGGAGGGGGCCUCGGCUUCGGAAUGGCGUAUAGCAACUGCGAGAACAGCCUCAACAGCUUCCUGCUCUCCAAGGAGCCCAGGCCGUGCGUCAUAAAG